AUGACUCUGCAGAUUGGGAAUGCUUGGAUAGAUGACAGUACCUCUUAUGAAGGGAUGUAUGACUACUACUGGACACAUGCCCUGAACUCUGAUGAGACCAAUGCAGGAAUCAACAAAAACUGCGACUAUGUUUCUGGGAAUUUCUCGGAUGCGUGCUAUCAGUAUCAAAGCCAAGGAGACGGUGAAUAUGGUGGAAUUGAUAUAUACAACAUCUAUGCUCCACUCUGUGAUGGCAGUACACAAACCCCUGGAUCUGUUAAGAGCUUUGAUCCUUGCUCUGAUGGAUAUGUCUCCUCCUAUCUGAACCGAGCAGAAGUGCAAGAAGCUCUUCAUGUCAGAAAUACGUCAUGGACACAUUGCGGUGGUGACAUUGAUGGACGGGUACCAGUAACAUCCUCAAGGUACUCCGUAAACAGGUUGAAGCUUCCAAUAGAGACUGCUUGGCGGCCAUGGUACUACAACGAAGAGGUUGGAGGAUAUGUGGUAGGCUACAAAGGAGUGGUACUGACCACAGUAAGAGGCGCCGGGCAUACAGUCCCAAGCUACCAACCAGAAAGAGCACUGGUGAUGAUCUCAUCAUUCCUUCAGGGGAAACUUCCUCCACCUUCAACAGAAUAA